AUGGAUUCAAGAAUAGCAUCGUCGCAUAACUCAUAUGAUCCUUCCAUAGCCAGCGAAAACAACUCGGUGGUUGAGUUUUCUCCACAAUUGAUUCCCCAAGAAGAACUACCAGCUCCUGGGCCUACAGAUUCUUAUUUCCCUUUCUCCCACAUCAUCGAUAUCACUCUGAGUGAGCCUCGAGAUGUACUCCAAAGCGAGCGGACCUAUUUGUCGUUCAUUCGCUUCUCGGUGUCGCUAUAUUUCACAGCCAUUGGCAUGAUUCUAGGCUUUCGUCUUCUGUCGUCUGACGGACCUACCCACGGUACUCAUCCCGGGUUCAAUAAGACCCUUUUCAACCAUAUCAUUGCAUACCUUCUUAUUUUCCUCUCGUUUGCUACAUUGUUGGUGUGUGCAAUCAAUUACUUCAAGACUGUUCGCAGGUAUUCACAACGUCGAAUUCAUACUUAUGCUGCCUCCAACACCAUCAUAAUUGCCUGUGUCACAGCCAUAGUGGUUGCAUUGAUUGCGAUUAAUAUUUCAAUGAUUGUGGAAAGAUACAAACAAGAUCAGUGA